AUGAAUAAUCUUCUCCUUCGACAUGUAAAAUUAACUCAUCCUCAAGUAACUUCGAUGCUACAAUAUCAAUGUCGUUUAAAUGCUUCAACAACAACAACAACAACAACAACAACAGCAGGAAGUAAAUCUGUUAUACAACAAAGUCCAAUUGUAUUAGAUAAUACAAAACCACCACCACCAUUAGAUGCUGAUCGUAUGAGAAUGCAUCCACGUAUUGGAAAUCGUGAAAUAGUUGGUUAUGGUUUAAAAGGCAAACCAGAAUAUUUUGAUUUAGUUAUGUUUCCAUGUCCAAGUAUUCGUUGGGAAGCUGAUACAUCAGAAAUUGCUGAAUUAAGAAAAAAAGAAAAAGGUGAUUGGAAACAAUUAUCAACUGAAGACAAAAAACGACUUUAUCGAGCAAGUUUUCGUCAAACAUUCGAAGAAUUUACAGCUCCAUCCGGUAUUUGGAAAUGGACUAUGGGAUGGACUUUAAUUGCAUUAGCAGGUCUCAUUCUAGCUUAUGAUGGAUGGAGACGUGUUGCCUAUCCUUUUGAAACACCAGAUAGUUUCGGUGAGGAAAAAUUAAAGAAACAAUUACAAUAUCAUAUUGCUGCUCGACAAGGUCCUAUGACCGGUCUUUCAGCUAAAUGGGAUUAUGAAACUGGUACAUGGAAAAAAUAA